AUGGGCAAGCUCCCAACCCACCUGCCCAGGCCAACAAGCCUCCUCGCCCACCGACCCUCUCUCACAACCUCAUCCUGCUCCGGCACCACAAUCUCCGCCUCCUCACCGAGAAUAGGUCUCCAAACCCAACAAUCCCGCGCAGCAACCUUCAUCCCCCGCCCCCGCCGCCCCUACACCUUCACCCAGCUCAUCCAGCUCUCCGACGGAAGCACCUACACCGUUCGCACCACCUCCCCCAGCCCCUUGGUCCGCUCCGCAAAGGACUCCCGCAACCACGCCCUCUGGCAACCCUCCGACAAGUCCCUCAAGAACGUGGAAGUCGACGAGGCCGGAAAGUUGGCGGCUUUCCGUGAGCGUUUCGGUCGCGGGUUCGAUUUGGCUGCCAAGAAGCCGACGGAGGAGGAGCUCAACGCCGCUGCUGCUGCGGCCGCAACUUCUGCAAAGGAUACCGCUGCCGCUGGAAAGGACGACAUCUUCGACAUGGGCGAUUUGAUCAGCGGUUACGCUGCGAUGCAGCCGCAGCAGGCUGCCAAGGAGCCCCCCAAG